UAUAAUAUUUUAUUUUUAUAGCUCAGUAAAAAAACCAUCUUUUCCAUUCAAUGGCCCGCAGAUUAAAACAUUUAAAUCCCAAAAGGACAUUAUUUUUAUUGUGUGACAUUCAAGAGAAAUUUCGUCCUGCUAUGUUACUAUUCGAUAAUUUAAUUGAAAAUGCUAAACGUUUGACAGAAGCUGGAAAAAUUUUAAAUAUUCCCUUGGUAGUGUCCGAACAAAAUCCCGAAAAAUUGGGUAAAACGGUAGAUGAUUUAGACAUUUGUCAUGCCAAAUCUUUGAUAAGCAAAACACGUUUUAGUAUGAUUGUUCCAGAAAUUGAAUGUGAUAUGAAGAACAUAUUUGAGGGAGAUCAGCCAAGUGAUGUGAUUUUAUAUGGGUUGGAGUCCCAUGUUUGUAUUGAACAAACUGCCAUCGAUUUAUUAGCCCUAAAUAUAAAUGUAUUUGUGGUGGCCGAUUGUGUAACCUCGAGACUUCAUCAGGAUCGUAAUAUGGCCUUAGAACGUUUACGUUCUGCCGGUUGUUUUAUAACAACUACUGAAUCGAUUAUAUACGAUCUAUUGCGCGAUAAAAAUCAUUCAAAAUUCAAUGAUUUAAAGAAAAUAUUAGUGGCCAAAUCAUUGGAUAUGGAAAUUAACAAAUCUUGAUCUUGUUUUUGUUUAAAUAUAUUCCAAAAUAAAAUAAAAAAUAAUUUUGUAAAAAAAUAAAAAGAAAUAAAAAUAAUAAUUUAUAUAUCUCGACGACAGUUAAUGAUGUUUUU